GCAGCAGGCAGUGGUGUGCUCUGUCACCCAUCAAUUGAUUCCACUUUGUCUGUGCCCCCUGUGGCCCCUCCAAGGCACUCAUGCUGUCUCUGUUGGUGUCUCUGCAGGCCCUGCUCUCCCUGCGAUGCCCAGCCACCCCCACGAGCUCCUUGUCCCCCUGCGUUAGGUGCUGAAGCAGCAGGCUCCUGGUGCUGCACACACCAAGGUGGCCCAGGUCAGCAAGCCCGGACAGCGGUGGAUGAGCGCUGGGCACCGGCCUAGCCACACGCACACACCGGCACCAUGGACUUCGUCAUGAAGCAAGCGCUGGGCGGGGCCACCAAGGACAUGGGGAAGAUGCUGGGGGGCGAGGAGGAGAAGGACCCCGAUGCGCAGAAGAAGGAGGAGGAGAGGCAGGAGGCCCUGCGCCAGCAGGAGGAGGAGCGGAAAGCCAAGCACGCCCGCAUGGAAGCGGAGCGGGAGAAAGUCCGGCAGCAGAUCCGUGACAAGUACGGGCUGAAGAAGAAGGAGGAGAAGGAAGCAGAGGAGAAAGCUGCUCUGGAGCAGCCGUGUGAGGGCAGCCUGACGCGCCCCAAGAAGGCGAUCCCAGCAGGCUGCGGGGAUGAGGAAGAGGAGGAGGAGGAGAGCAUCCUGGACACCGUCCUCAAGUACCUGCCCGGCCCGCUGCAGGAUAUGUUCAAGAAGUAACAGCACCGUCAACCCUGCCAUAGGGUGCUGGGGCACGGGCGCCCUCUCUCCUACAACUCCUCCAUCAGUUCCCUUGGCCCCGGAGAGGGGGUCCCCACA